AUGAGUUGUUCCUUGGACAAGUUAACAGAAAAAGCAAACCCGGCAGCAAAGUCAAAGUCAGGACGGUUUCCUUGGUCUAGUUGGCGAAGCUCUGAAUUAACAAGAUAUUCGUAUAUUAGCAAAGGACGCAAUGUGAACUCAGACUUCUCUGGUCUCUUAAGUCCAGGAAUUACAGUUGCUUCUUCAAUUGGCGGCUCCAGUCGUGAGCUUGGUGAGAUAUGGAUUCCGUUCGGUCACCCGUCGCAAUACCGGCUGGCUCGGCAAGCACAUUUGCGAGGUGCUGAUGACGGGCGACACAUAUGGAUUGAUCUGAAAGAUAUUCGCAUGAACGUAGGGGCUGGCAGUGGCGAGAUGAUGUACAUUGGUGAGGCAGAAGAUGAGCUGAUAGACGAGCGGUCGUAG